UUCAAAAUAAAGUGGGACAAAGGAACCGGGUAAACCAAAACCUUCAUAGGUCUAUGCUUUAAGAACAAAGCAUUCAAAUCCAAAUGUUUCUAAUUCAACUUGGUAUGAAUUAAACUCAGCGGAAAUUGGCGAUAAACAUUUCGGAAUCACUUAAUUCAUCGUGUUUGUGAAGCAAGCUUUUAUUCUGGAGACCGGGAAAAAAACAGAUUUUCUUGCCAGCUUGAUAGAGGUCUCGCGCAGUACGCAGGUCCAACCAUCAGCAACAACACGGUGACAGAAAUGGGCUCCGCGGUCCGGUUAUCGUUGCUCGGCUUCCUCCUGUGCCUGCAUGUAGACAGAGCUCCAGCCCGCAGCCCCCGCACGGCGGACCAGGUGUCUGAGGCCGACAUCCAGCGGCUCCUGCACGGCGUCAUGGAGCAGCUGGGCAUCGCUCGGCCCAGGGUGGAGUACCCCGCACAUCAGGCCACGAACAUCGUCGGGCCUCAGAGCAUACAGGGUGGUGCUCACGAGGGGCUGCAGCACCUCGGCCCCUUUGGCAACAUCCCCAACAUUGUGGCCGAGCUGACCGGCGACAACGUUCCCAAAGACUUCAGUGAAGAUCAUGGGUACCCAGACCCUCCGAACCCCUGUCCCCUGGGAAAGACCGCAGCAGACGGCUGUUUGGAAAACGCUCCGGACACAGCCGAGUUCAGCAGAGAGUUUCAGAAACACCAGCACCUGUUUGACCCCGAGCACGACUACCCGGCCCUGGCGAAGUGGAACAAGGAGCUUUUGUACCAAAAACUGAAGGGAGGACCGAAAAGAAGAAAAAGGAGUGUCAAUCCAUAUCUAAUGGGCCAGCGGCUGGACAAUGUGGUCGCUAAAAAAUCUGUUCCUCACUUCUCUGAGGAAGAGGAGGAAGAGGCCCCGAUCGUCUCUGGUGCCAGCAAGUCCACCACCUAAACUCCUGCGCCUUCAACACUCCCAGAUACAAAUUUGUAACACUAACUUUAUAAGCGUUUUGGUUAAUAAGCUUUGGAUUUGUGACUUCACUGCAAGUGUUGUGAAAUAAAGAAUAGCAGCUUUAAACUAGUUCAUGUUUUUUUAUUGUAUUGUAAUCCAGGGCUGUAAUCAAGACCACUUUUGUGGAGACCAAGUCAAAACGGAGUCCAAAGAGAUUUGAGUCCAAGACAACGCAGAGUCCAGGACAGAAAAAAACUUUGACUUUGUCCCACAGGUUUCCUAAAUUGUUGCUUUGCAAAAUUUGCAGUCUGCCCUGUUUCUUUUUAGGCGCAGUGCUGUAAAAUUCCGGGUGAUUUUAAUAACACUUUGAUUAUGGCAGAAUUGGUGGACAUCUGUUUUGUUACAGUGUGUUCACUAAAUGACAAUGAAUGGCACUAACUUGAGCAGGGCGUGCAAAGAUAAUGUAGAGUGUGAUUGGUUAUCAGGUGGCCAGGGUUUCACUUUCCCUCCAAUAUUAUAAACCUAAAGACUCCUGGACUCGGUCGAGACAAAAAGCCAUAUUUGGCAAGAAGAGUGACCGAGCCAAGACCAAAUACCAGCGAUUCCGGGACCAUAGGAAAACCAUCUUGAGUCCAAAAACGGACUUGAUUUACCACAGCUCGGUUAUCAUAUUAAUUAGCCCAGACCUUGUUACUAAUUAGGCCCAACAUACUGUAUACCUGUCUUACAAUUGGUGCAACAAACACUUGCCUUUUAUUAAAGAUUUAGCAUCCGAGUACUUGGUCACAGAAACAUUUAUAAGUCUUUUUUUCUGACUCAUGACAGAGAAAAUAGAAAAAAACAUCAGAAAAUUAAAGCUCAAAGUUUCUCAAACAAGUAGAUUAAGAUUUCUUUUCACAGCUGCUGUUUUCGAAGGUCAAGAAUGAACCAUAAUGUUCAAAAAGCCAACUGUUACUCUUCAAUUUGAUUGUAAGCCAAAGACCAGUUAAAGUGUUAUUUAUCUUAUUAGAAUUUUCAAGAUCUUGGCUAUUUAUAAGGAGAGAUGCAAUUCAACCAAAACGCUAAAAUACCAUGUUUUAAGAUCUUAAGUGACAGUGUACAGUAUAUCUACAACUGUAUUAUAAAGUUAUACAUAAGUUGUAUAAAGAUUUGAAGAAAUGUCGACUGAGCUGACUGUACAGAAAUCCAUUUCCAAACACUAAAGUUUCUGAAGUUUAAGUUUUCUAUGUCUUGAUAUCACAGUUGAUCACCUGUGUCUUUAGAAGCAAAGGUUCCAUACAGAUCACAUUUUUGGAAGUUAAUAGUUAACUGUAGCAGCUUUGCUUUGUCAUGUAAGGGAUAAUUGUGAAGUAUAUCACUGUAGCAUGGCAAAAAUUGUAGCUCUUAGAUUUGUAUCUGUUGUCUUCUCCAUAUUGCAGUAAUGAGUCUGUACAGGCAGCAUUGAAUCGGUCAUGUGUCACUUCAUCUUGCCAAAAGUUUGUUUUUGUUCUGUAAAGUCAAAUAAAUGAUGUAUCUGCAUUGA